ACGUGAUAAGGCCCGUGGCUCCCUAUCCCUGUAGGAGCUGGCGUGGUAGCUACCUGCUGUCUCCUCCAUUGCCAGAGCUAUAGGAUUUCCCACCCAGAAUCUUGAGGUAAAUGAGAUCAUGAUUCUGGAAGGAAGUGGUGUAAUGAAUCUCAAUCCAGGCAACAACCUCCUUCACCAGCAGCCAGCCUGGACGGACAGCUACCCCACGUGCAAUGUUUCCAGUGGGUUUUUUGGAAGCCAGUGGCAUGAGAUCCACCCUCAGUACUGGACCAAGUACCAGGUGUGGGAAUGGCUGCAGCACCUUCUGGACACCAACCAGCUGGACGCUAGUUGCAUCCCUUUCCAGGAGUUCGACAUCAGUGGGGAGCACCUGUGCAGUAUGAGCCUGCAGGAGUUCACACGAGCGGCGGGCUCUGCUGGGCAGCUGCUCUACAGCAACUUACAGCAUCUCAAGUGGAAUGGCCAGUGCAGCAGUGACUUGUUCCAGUCCACACACAAUGUCAUUGUCAAGACUGAACAAACCGAUCCUUCCAUCAUGAACGCCUGGAAAGAAGAAAACUACCUAUACGACCCCAACUAUGGUAGCACAGUAGAUCUGUUGGACAGCAAAACUUUCUGCCGGGCCCAGAUCUCCAUGACAACCUCCAGUCACCUUCCAGUUGCAGAGUCACCUGAUAUGAAAAAGGAGCAAGAUCAUCCUGUAAAGUCCCAUACCAAAAAGCACAACCCAAGAGGGACUCACUUAUGGGAGUUCAUCCGUGACAUCCUCCUGAGUCCAGACAAAAACCCAGGGCUAAUCAAGUGGGAAGACCGCUCAGAAGGUGUCUUCAGGUUCCUGAAGUCGGAGGCUGUGGCUCAGCUGUGGGGCAAAAAGAAAAACAACAGUAGCAUGACCUACGAGAAGCUCAGCCGGGCCAUGAGAUAUUACUACAAACGAGAGAUCCUGGAACGUGUGGAUGGGCGACGGCUGGUCUAUAAAUUUGGGAAAAAUGCUCGUGGAUGGAGAGAAAAUGAGAACUGAAGCUACCAACCUUUGGAACACAAACCAAAACACACAGCGAAUGGAUAACGAUUGAUGAAGAACUCCUGGGCGUAAAUAUUUCAAAGACUACUUUUCUCUGAUAUUUAUGUACCAUGAAGGGACAAAAAAGAAAAUCUACUUCUGAUGGGAAGAAGGAACACUACAGUUGAUAAAAAAAUUAUUUUGUUACUUUGAAGUAUGUCCUGUAUGGGGAACAAAUGUACACAGUUUUCUGUGAACUAUGAAGCUGUACGUGGUUGUGAUUUGCUUUGGCCUCUGUUGUGAAGUUCUUUCCCACCACAAGAAAAACAAGGGCUUGUAGCCUCAAGCUUCUGGUUAAGAAGAAGGGAGGAGAAAUAAGAGGGCAUUAAAUGUUUUCAUAUGCAAAGUGAUUUAGAAAAAGGUGAUGUGUUUUCCCCACAUAAGCAUCUACAGGACCUCCUCAAGAGAAGCGGCAUGGCUGAUAAGAUGAAUUUGGGGUCUCUGAUCCAUGGGAUGGGCCAAUUGGAAGCAUGCUACGAUGUGUAACCUGACUUAGGAGACAGUGAAUGGAGCAUGGGAACUUCCACAAUCCCAGGUGGCCUGUAAUCACCAUGUGAUCACAUGACUGGAAUGUUUAAAUCAGUGAGAGUAAUGGUAGGGGGCUUUAUACUCAUUCACAAAUGAUUUCUCUGUCCGCCCCCCCGCCAUGGUUGGUUAAAAAAAUCAUUCACUGCAUGUGAUCACAUUAGCUAUUUAUACAGAGUUUGACCUUGAUUAUUUUUUUUCCUGUUAAAAAAUAAGUGGGGAAGAAAGAGGCAGCAGUACAGGAGUGGAGCUGGUUCCUGCAUCUCUGGAGUUCAAGGUUUCUCAGUGAGCAUGGAUGACAUCUUUGCUGGGUCAUUCUUUGUGGUGAUGGUUGUACCGUGCAUGUGUAGCAAUAUCCAUGAUCUAUACAGCAGCACCCCAUUGACUGUGACAAUUCAAAGUGCUCCUUAGACGUUGUCAAAUGUCCCCUGGAGGACAACAAUGCCUUUGAUUGAGAACCACUAAUUUAGCCUGUCAAGAUGAAGGUGGUGAUUUAGUGUCAGAACAAAGAUCACAGGGUCUUCUAGUCCCUAGAACAAAGCAAAAGCAAGACGUGGAAGCCGACAUAUUAGGGACAAAAGGUUGAGCUAUCCAGAGGAGACAGGUAGAUGGACGAGAUGAAAGCCAGGGUCAGAAAAACACAGUGGUGGAGUGAGAGUUGCAAGAGAUGUUUACACUGGUUACAAAGUGAAAACUAUAUUGUAGAAGGAAAUGCUGAAAGAAGAAUCUUUGUGUGCAUGUGUGCGUGUGUGUGUAUGUAUGUGUGUGUGUGUAUGUGUGUGUAUGUGUGUA